UAUUCACUUGCAGGGGAUGCAGGGGACAUGCCCCCCGGCGGCUGAUCUCGUCCUCUGCUCGGAGGCUCAGCUGCAGUUCAGUGUGGCAGCUUCAGCAGAGAGAGGAGACACAGGCGGACAUCCCGCCACCGACCUGUGUGGCCCGGUGAAACCGUCAGCCCACAACCGUUACCGGCACCAGAACCAGACCUUUGUACCAGCGACUGCAGCACUGGCAUCUCUGCCCCCUCACGCCCUCCCCUCGCCCCUGCCCCCUGCUCUGCCUUUGGAUUGAGGGUCAUCCCUCCACCCCACCGCCUGCGCCACAGACUCGCAGCGAAUGCAUCAUGGUGGAUGUAACCAAGUGGCCCAUUUUCAGCCUGAUGGGCCCCCAGGAGCUCUCCACCAUACGGAAAGCGUGCGUGUUUGGAACGUCUGCUAAUGAGGCCAUCUACAUCACCAAUGAUGAUGAGGUGUACGUGUUUGGGUUGAACUGCAGUAACUGCCUGGGAACGGGGGACAGCCAGAGCACCAUUGUCCCCAAGAAGCUGGACUUUCUGAGCGGGAGGAAGGUGGUCAGCCUGAGCUACGGCAGCGGACCUCACAUCCUGCUGGCCACAGAGGACGGAGAGCUAUUCGCCUGGGGUCAUAAUGGUUACAGCCAACUGGGAAAUGGGACAACCAACCAAGGAGUGGCUCCAGUGCUGGUGUCUGCCAACCUGCUGAAUAAGAAGGUCACAGAGGUGGCCUGUGGCUCUCACCACUCUAUGGCUCUGACUGACUCAGGAGAAGUGUAUGCGUGGGGCUACAACAACUGUGGUCAGGUGGGUUCAGGCUCCACAGCGAACCAGCCCACUCCCCGCAGAGUGUCGAGCUGCCUGCAGAACAAAGUGGCUGUCGGUGUCGUCUGUGGGCAGACCUCGUCUCUGGCAGUGGUGGACAACGGAGAGGUGUACGGCUGGGGCUACAACGGCAACGGACAGCUUGGACUGGGAAAUAAUGGGAACCAGCUCACUCCCUGUCGCCUUGUCGCUCUGCAGGGUUUAUGUGUGCAACAGAUUGUCUCAGGCUACGGCCACUCCCUGGCACUAACAGAUGAGGGGUUGCUGUACGCUUGGGGUGCCAACACGUACGGACAACUGGGCACCGGCAACAAGAGCAACCAGCUGAGCCCAGUCCAGAUCAUGACUGAGAAAGAGAGGAUCGUGGAGAUCGCUGCCUGUCACUCCACACACACGUCAGCUGCAAAGACUCAGAGUGGUCAGGUGUACAUGUGGGGUCAGUGCAGGGGCCAGUCUUUAGUGCUGCCUCACCUCACGCACUUCACCUGCACAGACGAUGUCUUUGCAUGCUUCGCCACCCCCUCAGUUAUGUGGAGGCUUCUUUCCGUAGAGCGUGAUGACUUCUUGACCGUGGCUCAGUCUCUGAAGAAAGAGUUUGACAACCCGGAGACAGCUGACCUGAAGUUCUGCGUCGACGGCAAAUACAUCUAUGUCCACAAAGCAGUUCUCAAAAUCAGGUGUGAACACUUCAGGUCCAUGUUCCAGUCCCACUGGAAUGAAGACAUGAAGGAGGUGAUUGAAAUAGACCAGUUCUCCUACCCGGUGUACCGCUCCUUCCUGGAGUUCCUGUACACGGACAAUGUGGAGCUGCCACCAGAGGAUGCUAUUGGGUGA